AUGUCUGGUCAAUUCCAUGCAGCGCAAAAAGAACUUUCAAAACUGGCCAAUCACCAUAUACCUUAUAUCCCAUGUCAAGCGCACCGAAUUAACACAUUUUUAGAACAUUGCUGCAAUGCUAGUGUCAUUAUACUUAACUUAAUUGGUAACCUAGAGAGUCUAUAUGUUUUUUUUAAUGCUAGUACAAAGCGGUAUGGAAUUCUUAGUAAAAAAUUAUUUGAAAUUGAAGGUAGUUUGCAGUUGUGUAAUUUAUCAAAAACGCGAUGGACGGCUCGUGCAGAAUCGGUUAAAGCAGUUUGGACAUCGUUUGAAAUAAUUCUUGAAACUUUGCAAGAAAUCUCCUCUUCAAAUUUGUAUGAUAGAAAAACUAAAAGCCAAUCAUUAGCUCUGUUUAAAAAAAUAACAUCGUUUGAUUUUAUUGUUUCAAUAAUGUUUAUGAAAAAUGUAUUAUAUAAACUCAAAGUACUCACAGAGAAGUUGGAAGCAAAGGAAUUGAAUAUAAUUGAUGCAAGUAAUUUAAUAGAGGGUACAAUUAAAUCGCUUGAAAAUAUAAACAAAGAUUAUGAUGGACUGGAAACUAUUAUAGACGCAGCUCUAAUAUUUUCAAGAAAAAUAGAUUUAGAUCCAAUCGCAGAUUUUAACAAACAACAUCAUAAACGGUUGAUACCAAAAAAAAUAGAUUCUAAUCCAAUGACUCAAUCAGACUUCUCAUUAAAAUUAUUUUAUCGAAAAGAAUUUAAACAAGUAUUAGACACACUGAUAAACUUAACAACUGAACAUUUAAAAAUAACUAUUGAAACACUCAAGCCUUUAUUUAAUAUUUUUAAAAUGCCAUUUGACAAUAAUAAUACUUGUUCAUUAGAAAAUGUUGCGGGUGCUGUAAAAUUAUUUUCCGAAAUGACAAAUAGUGCAAAAAUUCACGACAUUGAUGAGUAG